UACAUUUCGGCAGCGGCAGUAGCAGCAGCAGGAACUCCCCCAACCAUGAACACCCUGAUCGUCCUUUGCGCCGUCCUGGCCGUCGCCGUGGCUAAGCCCGGCUACCUGGGCGCCGCCCCCGCCGCAGUCGUCGCGCCCGCGGCCUACGCCGCCCCCGCGGUGGUGGCCGCCCCCGUGCACGCCGGCUACGCAGCCUACGGCCCCGCCCCCGUCGCCGUCCGCUCUGACGGCUACCUGCUGGACACCCCUGACGUUGCCGUCACCAAAGCCGCCCACCUGACCGCCGUCGCCCAGACCCAGGCCCGUGACGCCGUCGUCAACGGCGCCGCCGCCCUGGCCGCCCACGCCGCCCACGCCUACGCCGCCCACGCUUACGCCGCCCCCGCUGUAGCGUACGCCGCCCACGCUCCAGUGGCGUACGCCGCCCCCGCCGCCUAUGCUGCCCCCGGUGCCCUCGCAGCUGCCGCCCACCUCCACGCCAAGGCUGCUCUGCUGGGCUGAAAUGUCUGAUUAAUCUUCCCUUCAUAACGUCUCUAUCUAUGUCGUAUAAAAAUAAAUAAAACAUCACAAAACAAA